AUGCUCCAGACAGGCAAUCGCUUCGCGCCUUUGACACGUCCGGAGGCCUCGGCUCAGUGGGACAGAGAAGUCUACCYUUCUCGGCCGCAUCGACGCUCGCGUAACAGCCGUGGUACGAAGGAGGCCAAGAAGCGUCGAGACUCUAGGCGCAACAAGAGGAAGUCCGCCGUCCACUUGCUUAACGAGCAGCUCUCGCAUGACAUUGAAAAGACGCUCUCUCAAUUCGAAAUCUUCCCUUGGCUACUCACUGAUCUCCGACCGGCAGCGUCAGCCGUGCCUACAACCUCCGCUUCGCGGCACACCGAUGAUGAUGGGUCGAGGCAUGUGGCCGCUUCUGCCMCAACGCUUCCUCCCGUCACAUUUCACGGUUUCAGCUUACCAGACUUUCCGCCUUUGAUCGUGCCUCGCGCCAGCCCGCCGCCUUCGCCGUUUCCGAUGCUCGCAGGAGUGCCAACCUGGUGUCCACCAAUUCCGUCAUUGACGAGUGGCAGAGUCGGAUCGGGGGAGCUACCCAACUUCUAUGACCUUUCGUCCUUGCAGGAGCCAAAGUCCUCGCCCCUCGCCACGGAGAAGUACCACUCUCUGCAGCUGUGGGGAGGAAAUUUACCGACCUUACCAAGAAAGCAAUCGCGGUUCUUCCCACCACGCACAACGUCGCCAAAGCCAAAAGUCCGCCUUCCGCCGAACGGUCCAAUGGGUCAAACACCGGGCGCGGGUCUGCACGACCCAUCGAACGAGGAUUACAAGGUCUCGGACGCUUCAGCUAAGCAAGAUUCAAUCACUCAAGCUAUUGAGAGGAUCCUUGCGGCAGCCAGAGCCGUCGAGACGAAGGGUAAAGAGCCCAACUUGCCGUCUGCUGCUAAUCUUUGGAACAUUCUUGAACAGGCUCCGCAGCAGCUUGACGAAAAUCCAAACGAGCUCCGUGUGUGCUGGAAAGACCAGGAAGCAGACGUUGAAGAGUCUUCGGUACCUUUAAACGACGAGCAGUCUGGUCCGUUCGAGCUUGCCUGCUCCGAUGUGCCCUACGUUCACACGAACAGCCUCACAGGUUACGCAAACGAGACUGCUGCUCAUCACUUCGAAAGCAAUGUUCUGGGAGACUCGGCCAUUUAUCUUGCCGACAUGUUCGCUCCCRGCGAGGAUGUGACUUUCAAUCGCGAGCCGUAUAGCAUGCAACGCACGCAUCCAUCUUGCACAUCGGCAGCAGGGCCACCAGUCAGCAGCUUUACAUCAUCCUGUACCAGCACUGAGCAAAUCACUGAGCAGAUCAUCAAUGUCGUUAUAGACACCAGGGCUGAGGUCACCGAGGGAGUGCCAGUUGACACAGCCGCCCAGUUCAAAAGUGAGCAAAGUCUAUUCGCGGUCUCAGCCCCAACGGAGCAGACUGGUCCAAGUCCAUCUGAAAGCGUUUGUGACCUUGCGACAUUCCUCUCAAUGGGUCACGUAGAGCAUUGCUGGUGUCUGACUUGCGGUGAGGAGCCGGAGCUUGUUUCUGAAGCGACCGUCAUGGAUUCAGAGGAGUCACUUGUUGAAAAUGACGGCUGGAUGACCUGGUGCGGCGGACUUGACUUAGAUUCGGCAAUGAGCGUCGAAGAAGAUACGGAUGCCAGAAGCACUCUUAUCGAAGGACAGACCACAGGUCUUCGGCUGCGGGCGCGGUCCGAAAAUGGAGACGAGUUGUUCCUGCGCACACCUCGCCGUGCUCGCGCCCUCAUCAAGAGCGAGCCGAACAUUAAGUUACUUGGUUACCUCGACGACGGUGCCGCUUCUGYACACGCCGACGACGAUGAGGAUGAUGAGUGGGAGUGGGACUUCUGA